CUGUGGGACGGAUGCUAAGACUGGGCUUCCCAUAAGUGAGUGGUGGAGAAAAGGUCCAGGGGUACGUUCGUACGAGUGCGAUGUGUUUGAGGGCGAGAGUGCCUCUGUCGAUGCUGUACAACAAGCAUGGGAUGCUCAGGGGCCUUUUGAUGGAAUUUUAGGGUUCUCACAAGGGGCUAUCCUGCUGGCCGGACUUGUAGCGCAG